CAAACUUGCCGGUCCGGCCGCCAUUCAUUGAUAAAUUCCAUCGCCGGAGCACACCUACGUCUUGACAAGCAUCUUAGCCGGCCUGCGCUCCAGCGCACCAAGUCUGCGAUUGAUGCAGUCGGCGAGAGCACAGCAACAUUGAUUAUCGGAGCACCUCCAGCAACCUCCGACUGCCACAAGAAACUAUGCCUGGGUCCGCAGCAUCUGGCGCCGAUGGCCAGGAUGUGCCUCCUCUUGCGGUCUACCACAUCUGUCGCGUCUGCUUGCGCCAACGCAGUGCGCGCUACCAUCGCGAGAACCCGAUUCCCAUCAACGGCAUGGCACCGCCACCAGGCGUUUGCCGACGUUGUCAAAAUCCCACCAAGAAAGAGCGCGGCUCUAUCGUCGAGAUUGUCGAAGAAAGUAGGAGUAACGACAUCAGGAUUGGUAUUGCGAGCUUCGUGCCACACGCAGAGUACACCACCAAUACGGAGGCCCGUCAGCGUCGCGCGAGACGACUGCUGACUCCAGAUGAUUGGCAAGAAAUCGAGGUCAUUUACACUGAGAGGGAAGCUACGAACGCUGCCGAACGCAACCGAGGGCGGCACAUUGCGUCAAUCGAAAUACCUAAGAACAACAUCGUCCACAAACAAUUGCGUGGCCCGGCAUCCUCCACCGUGCAGCGUGCUCCUAAAGCCCCUGAUUACGUGCCUGCACUGCCACCACCUCCACCUCCACCAUCCUCGACACAGAACGUUUCGACCAAAGGCUCUGCCCGAGUUGCAUUUGAGACUAUCGAGAUUCCGCCUCCACCGCCCGCCGAUGGCUACGACUCGGGCCCCGUACACGCCCAUGUGCCAUCCAAGACUUUUCAGCAAAAUUCCUCGAAUCGUGCAACCAGCUCGGAACGCGUGAUGUGGACCCGUGAAGUCAGACCAGAUCCACAUCUUACGCAGCUCUCCGAGUCUGAGAUUCGGAAGCUUGCUAGGGAAGAGGUAGUACGAUAUCGCCAGGCGGAACGCAGAAUCGAGACACACGCAGACCCUUACGCGCAUGGUCGAAUGGUCGAAGUAGUCCGCGUCCCAGUUGAGCGCCGUAUCGUGCAAGAGAAGGAUGACGCAGUCAACGAGCACUGGAUGUCAUCGAAGAAACGCUCCGGCAGAGACUCAAACGCCGCUCCUUUCGGCCGAGAAACUCCACAGGAGGUUAUUUCAGUCGAGGUAUCACGUCGAGGCCGUGACCGGGAGUCUCAAAGCAACUCGACUUGGGACAAGGAAAUCGAGGUCAAGGCCGAGGAGUCUACAGUGGCCCACAUCCCAUCUGUGGCACUGUCCGAAAAGACGCGUUGGCCUGGAGAUGAAGCAAGAAGAACUGCGGCCAACAAGAUGCCAGCAGACCAGAGGGAGGAUACUUGGCGUUACCAAGAUGGUAGAGGAGAAUAUGAAACCGGCGCACAAUACCAGUAUCACGCAAUGGGGAAUGUUACAGAGCAACAUCUCGAUGCGCCAACAGAUCGUCCAAUCCAGAGAGCACGAGCAAGCGUUACGAGUCAAGGCUCGCGGUCGGGCAACAAAGACGACUGGGGCGAGCGUGAAUAUGAGUACAGACGACGAACAGUCACUCCGGUGUCUGGACGAAUUCCUCACCCUGAUAAAGCUGCAGAGUACUUCCGAGAAGCAACAGAAGUUCUUCAUCACAGAAAGGGCCCGGGUGCAUCUCCGAGUGCACCAGCUCACAAGAACCAUGUCGAAGAGAUCCGGCGCCGCAUUAGUGACGCGUCAAGUCGCGUGCAUUUCUCUAAGAAAUUGGACUUCUCACCUACCCCUCCAGACAGUGAUGCAAGUUCUUCGGAGUUUCGAGGCUUUUCUGUGCCAGGUGACAUCGACGAGCUUCGCGGUGCGGAGAUGAGUGCGUCCCAGCGCCUUCGAUCUCGAGUCCACCGUCGGUCUGAAGUACCAGAUGCCACAAGUGGGCCCGCCCGCGUUCUGAGCGAGAGCCCAUCGCGCGAACAAUUCAGGCGUGCACCGAACAACAGAAACAUCGAUGGGUACGGCCCAUACGUAAGGGAAGUGAAGAGAAGCGCGAGUGUGGAUGUUGAAGACGGCAGCACUGUGGCUAGCGUGUCCCGGAGUGGCAGAGAACACAGUCGGCACGAAGGGCGACGUGGUGUUCGCUAGGCACACCAACCGCCGAAGCCUGAACGUCGCGAGGACGCGAAGCAUAAAAGCCACGAGAACCCGAAGCAUAAACGUCACGGGAGCUCUAUGAUUUCUCAGAUUGGGGAACCUGUACUUAGGAUUGCGGAGGACGUGCUGAAGCAGAUA